ACAGAAACUAAUAUAACACAUUUGAACAGGUCGCCCGACAGAUGCCGCCACCGCCGCCACCCCCAGAGAUGCCUAGUGGUAUGCCGGGUAUGUUAGAACCCUCUAAUAUGUACGAAAACAUCGCUGGUAUAUCAGGUGCUAUUACACGAAACAGACGAGAGGCGAAAGGCGGCGGUGCCAUGCCUACAAGAAAAGGCUAGUUUUGUUGAAACUACAUAUAUUUUAUUUGAUUACACGAUUUGACGUCACAACCUCACGACGGCCAUGCAUGUAUGGAUACCUGAUUAACGUUUAUUAAAUUAAGUUUGAGCAAUUUAAAGUGUGUUUAAUUCUAACUUUGAUGCACCUGAUGAUGUACAUAUUCUACAUAAUGGAUUUUUUACAUAAUUAGUUAAAAGUUAUUAAGAUACCUACUUGUUGAUGACUUGAUGAGGCCAGAGGCUAGAACUAGUUUGAUGUAUUCUAAAGGUAUAUACACUGGUAUAUAAAUACAAAAUUCAGUACGUAUCGGCCCCCUUUUUUAAAUAUCUUGCGUUAAAUUUAAAUAAUCACGAUUAUUUAGCAGUGGCGCUAGUGUGCACGUUGAUGGGCUUUUAACAGAUAACUCGGAUAAUACAUUACUUAUAAAUAAUUAGGUAUUCAUUAAGCAUUAAUUAGGGUGAGGUACCGUUCUAUAAGUUUACCUAAACACUUCAAAUGUUUUAUAGCUACUGCAGACCUAGAUGAGGACUCCUCGUUUUGUCGUCGGCGUGGCUAAAUACGUUGCAAGUGGACUGGACAGUAAUUCCUGCUGUAUGAACAUUAAAUCCAAAUUAAGUCUUAUCGGCCUUUUAAAUAACUAAAUUAUAAACAAGGUAAGUAAGGGGGGGGGGGGCAAUUUUGACUGCGUAACCCCAUAGAAAAUAUACUAGAUCAAUGGCACCCAGAGCACCAUGUUAAUCACCACCAUGAUCAUGAUUACUUAAUUUCUGUAAUCUUAUUUAGUUACAUUCGCGGCUCGUGGCUCGGCUAGCGGCUCGUUUCGACCUCGUAAGCUCGUCGAGCUAAUGAUUAGUUGAUUUACACUUUCGACUCGAGGCUCUUCUCGCGCCUCGGCCACAGCUCCGUCAAACUUUGUCAGUUGAAAAAGGCACGAAAUCCAAAUUUUUUAUGGGACGAUUACCCUUCGCGUCUGCUUUUUUUAAUAUUUGCCGCUUUUUUCUAUUGACUUAAAUAGCCAGAUGGACUAUUUAAAGAGUCGCAUCCAUAAUUGUUAAAAAAAAAUAUAAUUCUGAACGCUAUCUGAAACGUCAACAUUUGACAUCUGUCAACGUCACACAUGCCAAAUAGGAAUAACCUAUAACCUAGUCAACCUACAAUAUUUUAGUUGGAAUUGGAAUAAAAACAUUAUCGGUGGCUUUGGCUUUUGCCGCAACAUAGCCUCGAGGACCACCUAACCAUGUCCAUAAACAGAUUAUCUAGAUUGCCAGUAAUUUUUAUUAAAGCUGGGGACAAAGUUAAAUUUCCUUCGAAAUUGAAAGGAACGAUUGUUGAGAAAUGGGCUGACUAUUGGAAGAAUCUUUUCAUCGACUAUCGUCAAAUGCUCCAGGACCUACGCACAGACAUUCAGGAUGAUCCGAUUAAAGCUCUAAAAUGGACGGUAGGACUAACAACAGUCUACGCUUUAGCUAAGAACAACCCAGAUGAACUAGAUUUUAAAGACAGAUUGAGGAAGAUACACAACGAAGUUGCAUUGGUCAGCGAAGACUGUUUGAAUCCAAAAUCCUACGAGCACCUACGACAUCUUGAAACUUGCUAUAACCAGGGCACUAUCCAUUACAAGAGUUUUGGAAUAGCAUCAGUUAUGUACACCUCAGAUAUAAGUGAAUCAUGUGAUAUGUACAAAGCACACUGUUCUUAUAUGCAACCGUCAAUAUUUAGUUUUCCUUCAAGAAUAGUUGACUUUGGGUUUAUGGGAAACUGGUGGAACAUUUAUAUUAAAAUGACAAAUUAUGAUGUCAACUUCUGAAAUUGUUAUUCUUAGAUUGAUGCUUUGUGUGAAUUUAGAUGUCAUAUAUUGUUAUAUACAACAAUACUUAUUUUAUUAGUAUAAAUAUUGUUCAAUGUUUAAGAAAUAAAACAGUAAUUCCGGACGAUAA